AUGGCAGACACCUGCUGCUCCAGGACCUACGUGGUGGCUGCGUCCACCCUGUCUGUCUGCUCCAGUGACCCGAACUGUGGCAGCCGCGUCUGCUCACCCACUGCUUGUACCAGCUCCUCCUGGCAGGUGGACAAUUGCCAAGAGAGCUGCUGCGAGCCCCCCUGCUGUGCCCCCAGCUGUUGCCAGUCCAGCAGCUGCGCCCUCACAUGCUGUGCCCCGGCCUCCUGCCUGACCCUCAUCUGCACCCCUGCAAGUUGCGGAUCUGGUCCCUGUCAAUCAGCCUGCACCAGCUCCUGCCAGCCUGCCUGCUGCAGCUCCUCUCCCUGCCAGGAAAACUGCUGUGUGUCUGUCUGCUGCAAGCCCGUCUGCUGCACCCCUGUGUGCUGCAAGCCCGUCUGCUGCACCCCUGUGUGCUGCAAGCCCGUCUGCUGCACCCCUGUGUGCUGCAAGCCCGUCUGUUGCACCCCUGUUUGCUCUGGGCCCUCCCCCUGCUCGGCCCCCUCCUGCUGCCAGCCCAGCCCCUGCUCCUUGUCCUGCUGCAGACCAUCCUCCUGCAUGUCUCUGCUCUGCCGCCCCGUGUGCAGGCCCGCCUGCUGCGUGCCCGCCUCAGCCCAGAAGUCCUGCUGCUGA